CACGAUUUCCCCUUUCUCUCCUUUUCUUUUCCUUCUUCUUCCUUCCCUCUUCUCUCGGAUCCGCAGCAGACCCACGCCCUCUCCCCCUCUCUGAUUCUCUUCUUCCCCACGCACCAGCAGCACCCGAUCCCUCCCUCCAUUUCCCUUCCUCUCUUCUCCCUCCCCCACGCGCAGCUCCCCUUCUCCCACUUCUUUUCGGCACACACACACACACUAACCCGUGAGAUUGCUGCCGAGAGAGAGACUUCUUGUAGUGAGAGAGAGAAUCCGAAAUGCAGUCCACCAAGAUGUGGCUACCACUACAAUCCUAUAGAUGGAGCUUCUUUGGAUGCAGGUACUGGUGAUGCGGAGGAUGACUUCGUUGCAAACUAGUUGGAGUACUAUGACUAAAGCAUGUCGCUUGAGUCGUAGGGGUGUCAGACUUGGAUAGUCUCUUUUGUUGUAUAUUUUGCAUAUGGCUAAUGGACUUGUAACACUUAGAUGAUAGCCAUUCUUUUGUCAUGUAUAAUUUAUGCUUAAGCCUUAAACAAAUAGAUGUUAAUUGGCUCUUUUGUGUAACGGACAAUUUAUAUUUAUGAUGUUGACUUCUUGUUAGUAUUUUGGCCUCAUUCUGUGUUUGGACAAAAUCACUUAUGUAAAGUUACUGUAAAUAGGGAUUCCACUUGUCAGAGCAUUUUCAGAAGACUUUGAAUUGCGAAAAAAAUAGAAGAUUUUAGAUUCCCUGUCAGCCGUCUGGACGACGUGUCAUCCCGUCCGGACGCCCAUAUGUCAAUUGUUCCAUCCGUCCGGACGACGUGUUCAUCCCGACCGAAUGCCAGACAGACCAGCAUCAUCCAUCCGGACAACGUAUCUUUUCCGUCCGGACCCUACACUAUAUCGAGAAGCUUCUAUUCCAGCUUGCAUCCGUCCGGACAUCGCAGCAGCCCGUCCAGAUGCCUAUCAGUACUCGAACAGUCUCAUAUUCUUUCCAAGUUCUAAUAAAGGGAAGAUCGAUCAACCGUCCGGACGAUGUGGUAUCCCAUCCGGACGCGCGUCUCCUUAAGGCAAGAAUCGCAAUUCAAAUAUAACCUUCUGGACGUCAAUCAGCCUUGGUCUGGACGCGUGCUCAUCAGUUAAGGAAAUUGCCGAUUCGACUUCAACCAUCCGGACGUCUUCCUUUCUUGGUCCGGACGCACGCAUAACAGAUAUGGAAAUUGCGUGUUGAAGAAUUUCCGUCUGGACGUUCAUCCCCCUUGGUCCGGACGCGCCAAGCCUUAUAUGGAAAUUACUUGCAGCGGACGUGUGACCAUUCAAACAUCAGUGUCUCACCGUCUGGACGCAGGUCUUAAAUAGGAAAGAUUUUCAGCAAAAUUUUUGGAAAAUCCUGUCGCACAGUUGUCCGUCUGGACGGCCCAAGUUCACCGUCCGGACGGCGUCCGUACAUAUUACUGCAAUCGCCCAUUCUGCACCUCAGCCUAUAAAUAGAGGCCCCUGGGCAUUGAGAACUGCAAGAAUUCAGUAUUGAAUUCCAUAAGAGCUCAGAGAAGUUCAAGAUCCCUCUGAAGUCAUUUCAAGUGUGCUGUGCUACAACUGAAGUCUAUCUUAGAGGUCGGCUCUAAGGUAAGGAAUUCCAUUGAAGACACCUUCAGGUAGGAGACCUGGUUGGGAAGCGUUCAUGUUGGGUUACACUUCAGAGAGCAAGGUACGACCACUGCAUCGGGUUAAUGUGAGUGUUACUAUCUUGUAUCUAGCUUCGUCUUCCGAAUAGUGGAAUUCCUGGGUUUGGCUGCCCCGGAGUGAUUUUUCUCUUAAUUGAGUUUCCACUUCAUCAACAAAAACUAUGUGUCUUUUAUUUUCCGCUGUGCUUGAUUUUUUGUUGGCACUUGUUGCACACACUUUCUUUUAGAAGUCAAUUUCAAUUUUCAAUUGGUAUCAGAGCUUGCUACACUCUGAGAAGAUUAAAUUCUUGAGUGUCAUUUAUUUUUGACUUCUAUUUGCUACUAUGUCUCAAACUCUUAAUUCUGUUCCUACCUUCGAUGGUACGAACUAUGGCUAUUGGAAAGUUCGGAUGCGAUUCUUUUUAAAAUCUAUUGACUGUUGGAAUAUUGUUGAAACUGGUUGGACUAAUCCAGAGGAUAAAACACUUGAGACAGUCCCUUUGAAAAACACCCGACUUUCCAAUGAUAAAGCCCUCCAUGCUCUAUGCCAAGCACUUUCUCCUUCUGAAUUCGCCAAAAUUUCAAACUGCGAAUCAGCCAAAGAAGCAUGGCAAAUCUUGGAAACAACAUAUGAAGGUACGAAACUUGUUAAAUCUGCCAAACUUCAAAUAUUGAUAUCAAGAUUUGAAGAAAUUAAGAUGUUGGAAGAAGAGACCUUUGGAGAGUUUUACUCCAAGAUGAGUGACCUGAGGAACUCCAUGGUGAGUCUUGGGAAACCUAUCUCGGAUGUAAAACUCAUCCGAAAGAUUCUAAGAUCUUUGCCUGAGCGUUUCAGAAUCAAGGUGACCACCAUUGAAGAAAGCAAGGAUCUUGAGGAGAUGAAGAUUGAAGAGCUGGUAGGAUCUCUUCAAACAUAUGAGCUAUCUCUGCCCCCGGUCAAGAAGAUAAAGACCAUUGCUCUAAAAGCUUCCAAGAAGAAGGUAGAAGCAUCAUCUGAAAAUGACUUGGAGGAUGAAGAAAAGGCUGUGGCUAUGUUAGCCAAAAAUUUCAGAAGACUGAUGAAAGAUGAUCGUUUCAAGAAGAAGUUUUUUGAAAGAGUUAAGAAAUCUCCCAGAGAAGCUGAACCUGAGGAAGAAGAUCAGAAAGAUCCCAGAGGACCCCGAUGUUUUGAAUGCUCAGGCUUUGGGCAUAUCCGGGCCGAUUGCGGGAAUCUUAGAAAGGGCAAGGGGAAAGCGUACAAUGUGACUCUCAGUGAUGAGUCAGAAGAAGAAGCUCCAGAGUUUAAGAAAUUUCUGGCCUUUGUAGCCCCACAUGUUGAAGAAGAAGACUCGUAUUACUCGGAGCAUAGUGAUAAUGAGGAAGAGCUCAAAGAGGCUUACAAGACACUCUACAUAGAGUAUGAGAAACUGAGGGAAGGCCGAAAGCAGCACCUUAAUGAUCUAAAUAGUUUGCAGACCGAGAAGAGUUCAUUGCUGCUCAAAGUACAAGAGCUUGAGGAAAAGCUACUAGAGACGCAGCUCCAGCUAGAGAGAGUCACUGAUGAGAAGUUGACUCGUAUGCUGUCUAUCCAGAAGAGCCCAUAUGACAAAACUGGCCUCGGGUAUGUAGCUCCCUCUUCUGAUGUUCCUUCUUCCUCAAAGACUGUGUUUGUAAAACCUACAGUCCCAGAGCCUCCUCCCACUGUUGAAGGUAAAAAGAAGAAAAAUGUCAACGAUGAUGUUCCAGGCACUCAGAAGCCUCAUUCCAUCAGAAGACCUCCCAUUUGCCAUCACUGCGGUCUCAGUGGGCAUGUUCGCCCUCAGUGCUCUCUUCUGAAAGCACAAAAGGCCAAAGCCAAGCAAGAAGUGCCCAGACAAGCUCAUUAUGGCACUAGACCUACGGCUCAGCAUCGGACUCCAUGGCAUCAGGCACCUUACCAAGCACCAAGGUAUCAGUAUCAAGCCCCUUGGUCUCAUGCUCCUCAGCAUCAGCGGCCUCAGCAGCGAUUUGUACCAGCCAAUCACAGUGGCACCUACAAGAGCAAACCCAAGCAGCUUAGAAGGCCUCAGAAGAUGAAAGAAGAGCAAUACUCCAGUAAGCCUCCUAUCUGGAUGCAGAAUAUGAUGGAGUGGAUGAUGCAGUCCUGCCAGCAACCACCCACUGGAAGGCAGGCAUGGGUCAAAAAAGACAGCUACCCCAUGAGGGGGUACAGACACACCUAGUAGUUUCGGGUGUUCAUGCUUAGGAUUCAGUUCCUAAUCCUAUGGCAUCAGGUUUGAUUGUUCAGUUUACUUGACAUAUUGUUAUAUGCAAUCUAGGAACUAGUUGUGUUUGCCCCCUAUGUUUCUUGAGAGAACUGUAUAGGUACUUUUUGGGGAAGACAGAAAAAGCAGGUCGAGCGACUGUUUUUCUGUAGUGGCAUCAUUGAGCGUGUACAGGUUUGAUCUUGCCUUUGCAUAUGAUGUCUUUUCCAUAUUGCUUGUUGUUUUAUUUUUUUUGUUUUUAAAAAAAAAAUGGGGAGAAUUUGCAGGAUUUAUUUUCUCUUGGCGUUUUAGAUAUUGCAUGUCUUUUUGCCUGAUAACUCAAAUCUGUGAGCAUUAAUCUACUCUGCUUAGAUAUAAUUGAGAGUUUAUGACUAUAUUGGCCAAGUAUUUUUCCUGUUUAUGCAAAAAGUAGGAUAGCUUCUUUUCCUCACGCGAUGAAAAAGUGCACUAUCCCGGGCUCCCCUAAAGGUACAUCUUUCCUUCUCUAGCCUCUUUGUUUCUAGAAAUUCUGGAUAAGAGAAGAAGUUUUUGAUAAGAUGACCAAAUUUACCUCAUGCUAGUUGAACCUAGAGCCUAUAAACUCUGGCACUCCCUAUAGUUUGCAGCACCAUAAGAAACAAGCAGUUAAUCGUAUGAAAUCUAUGCUUUACAGUAUAUAUUCUCUGUUUAUGUGCUACAUUUGCGUUAUGCCUUGCCCUUUACGUACAAGUAAAAUAUUUACGUUGUCCUUCAUUGUACAAGUAAAUCAC